AUGUCAAUAGCAGAAAUAUUUGAGGGCCACAAAGGAGUUCAAACCGGCAUCUCCGUCCAUAGCCCAAAGGGUCAUAUGGAUGUUUUGAUAUUGCCCGUUUUUGACGGCGGACGUUUCCUCUCGGGAAAGUUUCCGUCUUGGCAGCUCCGCUCCACUCCUCAAAUCCCCGCCCCGCCCUUUCGCUCCAAACCGACAUUUCGACAACCGCAGCACAAAGCAUUCUUCUCCGUCAAAACAAUCAUGCCUACUGUUCCAAUUUAUUCAAAGAGCGAGCUCCAGAUCACAGACGAUGCUUCUAAUCCUCUUCCCGACUUACUAAAGACACCGUCUGGGCUCGCGAUUCUGGAGCUCCAAGGAACGAUAAAUUUGCCCUCCCACGCGUCAACGGGAAAAGACGACUUUGACAGCGACGAGUCUGAUUUACGACCAAAAUCCCACUAUCAAACACCCAUUGGGCGUCUCGUAUUUCCGGAUUAUGACUCUUCUAAGCCUCCCGAGAACACUUCCUGGAUGAAACGCGUCUACCUCUACGUCGGUCAACAUCAGCGGCUCACAGGCGAGGUUAAGAAACUUUCGAAGCCACUGGCUAUUAUUCGACAGCGCCAGAGAAGGGAUACUGGGAAGGGAGGGCCUACUGUUGAGCCGGGAACCGAACACGUACCGCCGCGCCUCGACGAGGGAACCCACGAGGAGCUUGAAAUCGCGGAGAUAAUCAGGUACAAGAUGCUAUUCUCGACGAGGCCAGAGCCAGUUAGCGAUAGUAUUGGAUGA